AUGAGGGUGGUAGUGAAAAAUAGCGUCGAGGGGCUGGAGUCCUACAGGGCAGCGGAGGAACCAGGCGAGGGACAAAGGCUGUACAGUCAGCCGCAGCUCCAGGCCUUCCGUCUGCCAACAGACGCCGCGGGGCACUGCCUGGCUUGGGAGCGCGCGGCGGCAUCCCGGGAGAAUUCUGGGUUCCCGGGGCGCCCACCUCUCCGCCCCGGGUGGGGGCCACUCCACCCACGCGUCCAUAGGGCGGCGCCGCCAUCACUCCCCUGUCAGCCACACCGCCUUUUCCUCCUCCUCCGCCGAUCCCGGACCCCCUCCGCCGUUCCCCUGCGCCGCCCCCGUCCUGAGAGUCUUUCAUUGGACGAACUUGCAGUCAAUCCGCCUCGCGUCAGGGAGCCGAUUGGACGCGAGGCCUUCGGGCUUCCCCCAGCCUGCUGGGAUUGGCUUGCUGCGCGUUGUCGCAACGGAAGAGGCGGCCGGCCCAGGGUGCGCCUCUGCUCCGGCUGGACCGCCGAGGAGGCAACGAGGGGUCCGGCGCUGGGCGGCUGGUUUGGGCGGCAGCAGUGGCUGCUGCGGAUGGGAGCGGGCCGGCUGCGUGCGCCCAUGGAGCGCCACGGCAGGGCCGCCGCUACCUCCGCCUCGUCGACCCGGGAACCGGCGCCCGAGGAGCCAGAUGGGCGGGGGCAGGAGCCGCUGCGGCGCCGGGCGAACAGCACGUCGGCCCCCGCGGCCGGGGCCUCGGCGGAGGGAGCAAGGCGGGACCGACACGGCUCCUACAGCGGCGCUCCCUCGGUUUCCCGCCAGCGCCUGGAAAGCUUGAGGAAGAAGCGGCCGCUUUUUCCAUGGUUUGGCUUGGAUAUUGGCGGAACCCUAGUCAAGCUGGUUUAUUUUGAACCCAAAGACAUCACUGCUGAAGAAGAAGAGGAAGAAGUGGAAAGUCUUAAAAGCAUUCGGAAGUACCUGACCUCCAAUGUGGCUUAUGGGUCCACGGGUAUUCGGGACGUGCACCUGGAGCUGAAGGACCUGACUCUGUGUGGACGCAAAGGCAAUCUGCACUUUAUACGCUUUCCCACUCAUGACAUGCCUGCUUUUAUUCAAAUGGGCAGAGAUAAAAACUUCUCAAGUCUCCACACUGUCUUUUGUGCCACUGGAGGUGGAGCGUACAAAUUUGAGCAGGAUUUUCUCACAAUAGGUGAUCUUCAGCUUUGCAAACUUGAUGAACUAGAUUGCUUAAUAAAAGGAAUUUUAUACAUUGAUUCAGUUGGAUUCAAUGGACGGUCACAGUGCUAUUACUUUGAAAACCCUGCUGAUUCUGAAAAAUGUCAGAAGUUACCGUUUGAUUUGAAAAAUCCAUACCCUCUGCUUCUGGUGAACAUUGGCUCUGGGGUUAGCAUCUUAGCAGUAUAUUCCAAAGAUAAUUACAAGCGCGUCACUGGUACCAGUCUUGGAGGAGGAACUUUUUUUGGUCUCUGCUGUCUGCUUACUGGAUGUACUACUUUUGAAGAAGCUCUUGAAAUGGCAUCUCGUGGAGAUAGCACCAAAGUGGAUAAACUAGUCCGGGACAUUUAUGGAGGGGACUAUGAGAGGUUUGGACUGCCAGGCUGGGCUGUGGCUUCAAGCUUUGGAAACAUGAUGAGCAAGGAGAAGCGAGAGGCUGUCAGUAAAGAGGACCUCGCCAGAGCAACUUUGAUCACCAUCACCAACAACAUUGGCUCGAUAGCAAGAAUGUGUGCCCUUAAUGAAAAUAUUAACCAGGUGGUAUUUGUUGGAAAUUUCUUGAGAAUUAAUACAAUCGCCAUGCGGCUUUUGGCAUAUGCUUUGGAUUAUUGGUCCAAGGGACAGUUGAAAGCACUUUUUUCGGAACACGAGGGUUAUUUUGGAGCCGUUGGAGCACUCCUUGAGCUGUUGAAGAUCCCCUGAUCAUUACCUGGGGAGGGGAUUCCUGGAACCUUCCACAUUGGGAUCUGUGAACUUUCAUGUUUUUUUUUAAGAGACUUACUUAAUUUUCUGAUUGUGUAUUACCUGAAUCAAAGCAGGAAAGGACAAAUGGAUUUUUCUAAGUCAUCAAGACAAACCCUUAAAAAUUCAGCCUAAACUAGUAACCAGUAAGGAAUGAUAUAUAUGUAUAUUUGUGUAUAUAUACAGUAUAUAUAAAGUGGACCAUGUUCAUGGCAGUGAGGAUUGGCUGUAAUACCUUCUAUAUAUUUUUGAAACUCAUUGUCACUCACGAGCCACUUAAAGGGGAGAGCUGUUCUGUGUUCAGCAUACUGUGUUUUCGGAUCCUGUUGAACUUGCUAAAUGUAAGGAAAGCUACUAUGUGUUAUAUAAUCUAAUCACAAUUUUGACAGUAUGGCCUUGAAGAUCAUCUCCUGUGCAUUAACUCCUGUGUGCAUUUAGCCUUUGUGUGAACAUAUUGAAAAAUGUUUUAUUUCAA